AUGGACCCAGCAUUCAAUCAAGAUAUGGAUGCCAAGCCAGUUCAAAAAUCAGAAAUUUCAGUUGACAGCAUCUCGGUUGAAAUGGGUUCUCCAAAUUUUCAAGGUAAAUUUUUGGCUCCCUUGCCUAUUCAAGAAAAUCAAGAAAAAGAGCAAAUAUUAGAAAAUGGAGAUGAGGGCUCAGAUUCAUCUGACAGUUCUUACUCAGAUUCUCAAGCUGAACUUGGACAAUUAAACAAUGGAAGCAAUCUUAAAAACGAUUGCACCAUUCAACCUCCUCCAUCUCUUGAAAAUUCGCUUAAGCAAUUGAAGUUUGAUUCAUUUAAAAUUAAAAAAUCAAUAUCAGUAGAGAAAAAUCCAUUGAAAAGCGAUUCAGUGAAAAAAUAUGAUUCAAGCAGAGAAAAAUCUUCAUCUUCAUCAGGAUCUGCAGUUUUUGAUAGCCCAAGCUCCAAAAAUCAGUUUUCCAUAAAAAAAGAGAAUUUACUUGAAAAGAAAGACAAUAUAAAACUGUAUGAAAGUUCAGCUGAGAAUCAAGCAAAUAUAUUCAAAUUUGGAAUGAGCAAAAUUGCUACUAACCCAAAUUCAGAUUUUAAAAUUAUAUCUAAUAGCCCGAAAGAAUUGAGCGGAGAAAAAAAUUCAAAAAAUCAAUUUAGUAGGUUUGACACGGAGCCAGCCAAAAAAAGAAGUCCGAAAAUAGAAAUACCUGAAGAAUUACCACAAGAAAUAAAUGUAUCCAAAAAGAAAGAAAGCAGUGAUAAAUUAAAAAUUCCUGAAACUCUUCUGGAAGACGUUAAAGUUUAUAUAGAUGAAGGCAAAGAUGAAAUUGCUUCAAAUAUUCAAGAAAAGCAGCCUAUACUUCCUAAAGAAAACGAAAAGGCCUAUUAUCCUGGGCCUAUUUCUCAUAUAGAAAACCCAAAAAAGCAUUUGGUUCCAGGUGAAGACCUAGAUGAAUCCUCUAAUAAAGGAGAGAAAAAAGACGUUUUAUCUUCAAGCAAAGCGUUUCAUGCUAGAUUUCAGCGUAAUAGAGAAGACGAUAAAUUAUUUUUAUCUCAGAAGGGGAUAGCAAAAAAACCCAUAAUUGAUGUAAAAGAGCAAGUAAGCAGCAGAGAGCAAGCUAAAGACAUAUACGAUUUUAAAACUUUUGGCCCUGAUUUAGCUCCUUCUCCUGAAAAUAUUGGCUCAGGUUCUAAUAGUGGUGGGUCUCACACAGGAGUUCACACCCCAGUGUAUGGGAUUAUGAACUCAAAUAUUUUUGGAGGGAAUUUAUCAAGCAAUAGAGAGAAUUUGCAACCCAACGUUUUUAUAGGCCAAGAGAUGGUUGAUUCAUUUUCUGAGCAGUCAUCAUAUAAAUCUCUGCAAUCAAACGGCGGAAGCAAGAAGAAUUUCCAAAGAUCAUUUGAAAUCGACACAAAUCGAAAUUCAAUAGAAAAUGAACUCGGCAUCGAUUUGAUGUCAAGCAGGCAUAACGAGCUUAUAGACCUUUUAAAUAGGAGCAGAAGUUUAUCGAAUUGCGAAAAAAUUACAGUUUUUAUGCAAGCAUUGCAGGAUUUUCAACAACAGCCGCUGCCUCAGAUACAAAAUCAGCCUCAAAAAAAGCCAGGGAUUUUAAAUAAAAUCUGCCAAUGCUGUUUCUCAUCUAAAGAUGACAAAUCAUGUGAUGAUCAGCCAUGCCCUUGUGACUAUUUAAUAAAAUGGUCAAAAAUAAAUGUUGAUUUAAAUGUCGAAUUUCAUCGGAAAAUGCUGCAAAAGAUUUAUAAGAACAUUACAGGCAUAGACGAGUGGCCAAAAAAUAAUGGAUUAUGAAAUGAAAUUGGGAUCAAAGAUAUAAACAGCGAUUUUUCUGGGAAUAUUUCUGUUGUCGGAUUUUUAUUUAUACUUUUUUUGCAGUCCUACUAUAACAAUCAUUUUAUGGAUUGGCUAUUUCAAACAAAAAAUAUUGACCCUAACUUUCCUUUCCUUAAAAUGCUUGCUGAGCUUGCAUUGCUAGCAAUUGAUGUACUUAAAGCAGGGAAAUUAGAAAUAUAUAUAAACCCAAAGAAAAAUCCUCAUGAGCCAGUCUUUCUGGUAUAUUCGGGAAUUGCAAUUAACUACUUUAAAGAUAUUUUUACAAAAUGAUCUGAAAAUGAAGGUGAAAUAAGCACGAUAUCUUUGAAAAGCUCAAGGCUUAACCCUCAAGAAAUGAUAAAGAUUGCGAGACAGUCAUCUCAAAAGAACCAGAGAUAA